UCCCACUGGGAGAGACGAUCUGUGCGGGGCCCUGCCAGCGAGACGCCGCCUGCGCGCAGAGCUCCGCCGCCGAACGGACAUGUUAGCGCGGUGCCCCUGAGCGGGACCGAGCCCCCCUCCCCCCGCGCGCCUCACACCGCCGCGGGCACCCGCACCAGCCGCCGCCAACAUGGAGGCCGUGAACGCCUUCAACCAGGAGCUCUUCUCACUCAUGGACAUGAAACCUCCUAUCUCCCGAGCAAAGAUGAUUCUCAUUACUAAAGCUGCCAUUAAAGCUAUUAAGCUCUACAAGCAUGUAGUCCAGAUAGUAGAGAAGUUUAUCAAAAAGUGCAAACCAGAAUAUAAAGUCCCUGGAUUAUAUGUUAUUGACUCUAUUGUUCGUCAAUCUCGUCACCAGUUUGGAACAGACAAGGAUGUUUUUGGGCCAAGAUUUUCUAAAAAUAUAACUGCCACAUUCCAGUAUUUAUAUCUCUGUCCAUCUGAAGACAAGAGUAAGAUAGUUCGUGUCCUGAACCUUUGGCAGAAAAAUGGAGUGUUUAAAAUAGAGAUCAUUCAGCCUCUCCUGGAUAUGGCAGCAGGAACUAGUAGUGCAGCCCCAAUGGCAGAAAAUGCUACAAAUAAUGAAGGUUCACCACCCUCUCCAGCAAAGGUUCUAUCUGAACCCACCCAGGUCACUGCUAAUUCAGUACCUACUGUAUCACAAUUGCCUAGUUCUGAUGCCUUUGCAGCUGUAGCUCAGUUAUUUCAGACAACACAAGGACAACAGCUUCAGCAGAUUCUUCAGACUUUUCAGCAGCCUCCAAAACCCCAGUCUCCAGUCAUAGAUAAUACUGUGUGGCUCAGGUUCAGGCUAUUACUGCUCAGCUAAGACUACAACAACACAACACCAGAACAAAAAGCUGCUUCCCAACCACCUGAGCAAAAAACUUCUUUUGAUAAGAAGCUGCUAGAUCGAUUUGACUAUGAUGAUGAGCCAGAAGCAGUAGAAGACUCAAAGAAAGAGGAUUCAGCUCCGUCUCCUUCCAUUUCUCAACCACCAUUUCGGAUUUCGGGAGAAGGUAUGCAGCAGCCAGUAUAUCCACCUCCCAAUAUAGACCCAUUUCAAUCACGGCUGAUGGGAAUGCAGCAAGAUCCAAUGCACCAUCAGGUCCCGCUCCCUACUAAUGGACAAAUGCGGUUUGGACUUCUACCUACCCCACAGUUUCCUAUGGCUCAGCCUGUGAUACCGCAAACACCAGCCGUGCAGCAAACCUUCCAAUCUCCUUUCCCAGUACAGAGUGAACCACACAUACAGAAAACACAUCAGCAGGAUAUGGAGGUGGAACAGCCCUGUGUUCAGGAAGUUAAACGACAUGUUUCUGAUAACAGAAAAUCAAGAUCUAGAUCAGCGUCAAGAUCUCCAAAAAGGAGACGAUCGAGGUCUGGAUCUCGAUCUCGAAGGUCGCGUCAUCGUCGUUCUCGUUCUCGAUCCCGGGAUAGGCGCCGACACUCUCCUAGAUCUCGGUCGCAGGAAAGGCGUGAACGAGAAAAAGAGAGAGAACGCAGAUCAAAAGGUCUUCCUCAAAUCAAAUCAGAAACUGUUAGUGUAUGUAGUACUACACUCUGGGUAGGACCAACUAGACAAAGAACAACUCAGCAGGAUGUUGGGAAGUCUUUUAGGAGUUUUGGCCCGAUUGAAUCUAUAAAUAUGAUACCGCCUAGAGGAUGUGCCUAUAUUGUAAUGGUUCACAGACAGGAUGCUUACCGUGCCCUACAAAAACUGAGCCGAGGCAACUUCAAAGUCAAUCAGAAAUCUAUAAAGAUUGCGUGGGCUUUAAAUAAAGGAAUUAAACCAGACUAUAAGCAGUAUUGGGAUGUAGAAUUAGGUGUUACCUAUGUACCGUGGGACAAAGUGAAGCCUGAAGACCUUGAAAGUUUUUGUGAAGGAGGAAUGUUGGACAAUGAAACUCUUAGCCCAGAGUGGAAAGGAAUUUCUAAGAAAUCUGAAAAUGAAGUAGCUCAAAAUGGAGGUGCAGAAACUACACAUAAUGAACCAGUGUCACCUAUCCCUAAAGCAUUGCCUGUUCCAAUUCCUGUUCCCAUACCAGCGCCUAUAACAGUACCUCCUCCACAGGUUCCACCACAUCCAUCGGUUCCACCACAUCCAUCAGGUCCUCCUGUAGUUGGUGCACUUCAGCCUCCUACUUUCACGGCUCCUUUAGGGAUCCCUCCUCCUGGGUUUGGCCCUGGUGUACCACCACCACCUCCAUUUUUGCGACCUGGAUUCAAUCCAAUGCAUUUGCCCCCAGGUUUUCUUCCUCCUGGACCGCCACCUCCUAUAACCCCUCCAGUAUCUGUUCCUCACACUCCAGGAAUAAGCAUCCCAAAUUCUACUGUGGCUGGCAUAAAUGAAGACACUACAAAAGACUUAUCUAUUGGAAAUCCCAUUCCAACUGUGGUUUCUGGAUCGAGAGGGAAUGCUGAAACUAGUGAUGGAUCCAAAAUAUUUGGAACCGGUCCACCACCUGUAGCACCCACUAACAUACCUCCUCCACCUGUCACCCAACCUAUUCCACUUCUUGGUACUCAAGGGGUUACACCACCUGCUCCUGUGAUCGGGCUACAGGCACCAUCUACUGGCCUCCUUGGUGCACGGCCUGGUUUAAUACCACUCCAGCGACCUCCAGGAAUGCCACCACCUCAUCUACAACGGUUUCCCUUGAUGCCACCUCGGCACAUGCCUCCUCAUAUGUUGCACAGAGGUCCACCUCCAGGACCAGGGAGCUUUGGAAUGCCUCCACCACAUGGAAAAAACCCUUUUCCACCACCUGGUCACUUUGUCAGGCCUGGUGGGAUACCGGGAGUUGGAGGACCAGGUGGGCCUGAAGAUAAUAGAGAUGGGAGGCAGUUUAGGAAUGAUAGGCAGACAUUCACUCCUAAUAGAGACCAGGAAAGGUUUGGAAGGAGGUCUUUUGGAAACCGGGUAGAAAAUGAGCGUGAGCGCUAUGGUAACCGCAACGAUGAUAGAGAUCAUGAGCGACUUGGUAAUCGCGAAAGGAGAGAAUGGGGAAGAAGAAGCCCUGAACGUGAUAGACAUAGAGACUUGGAAGAGAGAAAUAGACGGUCCAGUGGACACCGAGACAGAGAGAGAGAUUCUGGAGAUAGGGAGUCUCGUAGAGACAAGGAAGAAAAUCGAGGAAAGGAAAAACCUGAGCUGACAGACAGGGCAGAUGGUGACAAAAACCAUGAAUCUCAUAGUGGCAAAGUGGAAAAUGCAGACAUUGUUUCAGAACUUAAUAAAGGGGAGUCUGGACCUACAGGUAAACCUGAUGAAGAGUUAACAUCUGAGGCUACCUCAUCUGUUGAGCAAGCCGAAAAGGAUACUGGCUCAGUUGUAGAGGCUCCUCGCUAGAGACUGGAAUUUUGUCAAAAACGUGACAGUGACAUUUAAUGGAGUGUAGAGCUUUAGAGUUGUACAGUACUGCUGUAUUAUAUUUGCUUCUGCUAUACCACAGCCCCUCAGUAGUUUGUGGGGAAUUGUAAGCAAUUUGAUUGCUUCCCUUCUAUUUAAAAUAGCGUCAACAUAACACAAAAUACUGAAGAUAUGAAUAUUACCCAUUUUUGCUGUAACUUUUUUAAAGUUUUGACUUUAAAAAGUUUACAAAUCAGAAGUAGAAGUGCUUUCUAUUUUUUUUUUUAAUUUAAGAAAAGGUAACGGUGAAAGCUUCUCAAAACAAUAGGGAUGUGUUUUAAUAAACUCUAUUUUCGUAACAAACUUUAACGUGUGCUAUUCUUCCUACACUGCACUGAAGUGGAAAAGGAUUGUUCAACAUCUUAAAGUUUGAACUGUUAAUGCUGUACUGGAGUCUAAAUUAGACUGUUUUGUUUAUAAUUGUUAAAAAGAAAUACAUCUGUUUGUGUAGCUAUUCACAAAAGCAAAUUUUUAUUUGUAAUAGUUUUGAUUUUUAGAUUGCUGCAUUUUAAUGAUCUACUUGACCAUACUAGGUAAAGGUUAGUGGUUUUAAAAUGUUAGUUCGAAGAGGUAAUUGUUUAAGUGUUUGCAAUGCAAUCAAGGUUUUAUUUUUUCUCCAAUUGGUUCUAUAAUAAAUGUUGCCCUAAU